AUGGCACCUCCUCCACCCCCUUUGCCCGGAAUGGCACCUCCACCACCUCCUCCUUUACCAUUCAUGGCACCUCCUCCACCUCCUUUGCCCGGAAUGACACCUCCACCACCUCCUCCCUUCCCGGGAUUGAAGUCUCCAGACCUACUUUUGGUAUCGGAGAAAGCUACUCAAUCAUUAACAACAUUGUCAUCGUCAAUGGAAUUGAUGGGACUUGGUACAACUAUUGCGAAUAUUACUGAUGGUUAUCGGACAACACCUACAAGAAGAAUAAGUAACAAUAUUAAAUACUACUCAUUACCAAAAACCAAAAUGAAGACUUUGAACUGGACCAAGGUCAACAACCAAUAUUUAGACAAUUCCGUUUGGUCGUCAGCAGACCCUCCUAACUUAAAUAUAAACUUCAGGAAAAUUGACGAACUUUUUUGUCAAAAACCCAGAGCAAAAUCUUCACCUGCAGUUUUGUCGUCCAACGGUGUUUCCAAAACGAACGUCGUGAAUAUAUUAGACAAUAAUCGGAGUUUAGCGAUCAACAUAAUGCUGAAACAGUUUAAAUCCGGUUCACAUGAAAUUUUAGAAGCGCUCCAAAAUGGGACGACAAUUCCUCUUGAAAAACUAAAAGGCCUUCAACGGGUUUUGCCCACAGACGAAGAGAUAAAAUUGAUAAAGAAAAAAGACUCCAACAAGUCAAUAAUCGGAUCGGCCGAGCUGUUUUGUCUGCAACUCAACAGUAUAUCCAACUACCAGUUGAGAAUAAAACUCAUGAUCGAAAAAGAAGAACUACCUGUUAUAGUAUCGGAAAUACACGAUCAACUGGACUGCAUCAAAGAAAUGUGCAAUGACCUAAUAACAAAUCAGCCGUUUAAGCAAUUCUUGUCGCUUGUGUUGUUUAUCGGCAACUACUUAAAUGCUGGAAGCUAUGCUGGAAACGCAAGCGGAUUCACAUUAGACACAUUACCUAAAUUGCUCGACACCAGAGCCAACAAGCCUAGAGUUACUUUCCUCCAUUUCGUCGUCGAAGUGGCUCAGACGAACAAUAUGGACGACAUACUGAGUUUCACUAAGUACACUGCGGCGCUCAGGAAUCUCUCCAGGAUAUCGUUUUUGUCGCUGGAAGAUGAAAUAAACAUCAAAACGAAACAGAUAAGAAAGUUACAUUUAGAGUUGUCAAAACAAACAAAAAAACAGAUAUGCUCUCAAUUCUCAGAUUUUAUGAAGCAAGCGGUUAUUGAUAUCGAAACUUUAAACAAUGAGUAUAAAAGUGCAACGGAGGUGAUUCAAAGAGUAGCGGUUCAUUUCGGCGAGGACGUUAACAAAUUUAAAAUCGAAGAAUGCUUUGCUUUGUUAGGAAAUUUCUUCGAGCGAAUCGACUCUGUUGCUAAGGAAAAUACAAGCCGCAGGAUUCAAGAGGAAAAUAAUAAAAUACUUGCCUCUAAAUUGGACAUGGAGAAAGACGUCCCGAAUGUCAAGAGGCGCGCCCGAGGAUCCAGGGUACCCAAGGACGAAGAAGUCUGUAUAGUGGAAUUGGUGUUGAGAGAUAUCAGAAGAGGAUCAUUUAAUUUAAAAAGCAUAAAAUCUGAAGGUGAAAAGCAAAUCUAA